AUGCCAAACUCCCCAAAAAGUCAAAAAUUUCUGUCCCCCCCUUGUGAGCGCCGACAUGGAAUGCCCGUGCCUCUUGACAAUGUACCGUGCGUGUGCGCGUGCUCGCGUGACGGCGAGGAGCGCAGCUACAUCUUCCUGCUGUACCCGCCCGACGUGGUGCACACGCUCAAUCCGGACCUGUACAUCGUGCGCGUGCCCUUCCGCUCGCUGGUGGUGGGGCUGCUGGCGCACCAGAUGCUGCUGCAGACGGUGGGCAGCGUGCUUCUGCAGGGCACGAGGCACGUCAUCCCCAGCCUGGCGAACGUGCUGCUGUCGAGCCCCGGGGUGGGCGGGCGGCGCGGCGACGGUGGCGCCGACGAGGAGCCCGAGAACCGGCUGUCGGGGCUGAUGGCGCACAUGCAGCCCGAGCACAUCCAGACGCUGCUCGCCUGCCUCGACCUCUCCUACGACCGCGCCAUCGACUUCGACUCGCGCCCGGGCCUCAAGUUCCUCGUGCAGAAGGAGGAGGAGGACGACGACUCGGACGGCGGCGGCAGCGGCAUCAUGCGCCGCCCGGGCAGCCUGCCCGUCCCGCUGGCGGGGGCGGCGGGCGAGGGCGGCGAGGGCGGCGCGGGCGGCGCGGGCGACGCGGGCGGCGGGCUGGGCGACAUGAGCGUGUUCCUGCGGCGGCUGCGGCGCUCCUUCGACCGCCUGUGCGACACGUACGUGGACGUGGUGCUGGACAAGGACGGGCAGCACUCGGCCGUCGACCACAUCUCCGACCAGCCCAUCUUCUUCCUGAUCGCGCAGCCCGACGACUUCCCGGAGAUCCGGCGCAAGGAGACGCCGCCCCCGCCGCCGCCCAACGCGCUACAACACCAGCAGACCGCGCAGGAGGCGUGUGGGGCAGCAGGAGCAGCGGGGCAGGCGGGCCCCGCGGGGGCGGGCGCGGGGGCGGGAGCUGCGUUGGGCGAGGCGCUGGCGCUGCCGGCCAGCCCCGGCCACUCGUCGCGCCCGCCCUCCGUCGCCGCGUCCUCGCUGCUCGACUCCGAGGACGACGUCUUCGAGGACGACCCGCCCCCCGCCCCCGCCCUGGACGACGGCCGCCCGCGCCCCUUCGCGCUCGCCGACUUCGCGCGCAGGCCGUCGACGGGCUGCUCGGGCGACGAGUCGGACGGCGCGCCGCUGACGCGCGUGGACGAGAACACGCUGUGCGCCGGGGAAUCCCCGCCGCCGGCGUCCGUGUACCGCGUGGCCGGGCGGCGCGAGGUGGCCGGGCUGGUGGGCGAGUACAAGCGGCGCAAGCAGACGCGCGCCAUGCCGCCGCCGCCGCCCGGGGCGCUGCAGCCGCCGCAGCAGGCGCUGGUGCCCAGGCGCAACCCGUUCGCCGACGCCCCGGCCCCAGCGCCGCCGCCCUGCGAGCCCGUGCCCGUCGAGAUCGAGCAGCAACGGCGCACCAGCCUCUUCAGGGACAGCGAGGCGCACCGCAAGGUGUGGGCGGAGAUGCUGGGCUCGGUGUUCGACCUGCUGUCUCAGCUGGACGACGCGCGCUUCCGCGCGCUGCUGCCGGUGCUGUUCCACGGCGUGCGCCGCCUCACCGCGCACGCCGCCGACGCCGGCCUCAAGCAGGCCGUGGCCGAGCUCUUCCACCGCGUCGCCAUGCUCUACGGCUUCAGCCCCGAGCGGCGCGCCGCCACCGCCAAACACCACCGGCACCACCACCAACAUACACCAGCGGCAAAAUGUCAUAGGGGAGGGCUGUCAACGCUUCCAUUAUCUACGCCGCAAGACGUCACCAUCACCAAACACUACCGGCCGAAAAUGAAGGCGGCACGAUGUCAUCAGCGGGGCUCUCCGCCGUUGCCAUUGUCUCCACCAGAAGGCGCCACCACCACCAACUUACACUAG